GUGUUCACAAGAAGCAAACAAGCAAACGUCUUGAGGUCACAACGCAGAAAACCUUUCGGCUUUUGCUUUGUUGACUGAUCGGUUCAGAGUUCAUCUGUCGGAUUUCAAUCAGUUCAUCUUUAACUCUUGGUUGCAACACCUUCAAAUCUUUUUUCAGGCAGGAGAAAUUGUAACUUGCCCCAAACAUGAGCACUCAAAGAGUCCCUUCAUACGGUUCUUCUUCUUCCCGUAGUUGGAAAUAUGAUGUAUUUAUGAAUUUUGAAGGUGAAGGCACUGGCAAGAAUUUCACAGAUCAUUUGUAUGUUGCUUUGGAUCAAGAAGGAUUUGAAGUAUAUAAAAGUGACAAAGAAAUUGAGAGAGGAUCACCUGUUUCACCAGAAAUUGUAAGAAAAGCAAUUGAAGAAUCAAGAAUUUCAGUUGUUGUUUUCUCCAAAAGAUAUGCUUCUUCUACUCCUUGUUUGGAUGAACUUGUGAAUAUUAGUGAAUGUAAGAAAACGGUGGGACAAAUGAUUAUUCCAAUUUUCUAUGAUGUGGAGCCAUCUGUGCCAAGAUAUCAAAUUGGAGACUUUCAAGAAGCAUUUGCUGAACAUGAAGAAACUUUUAAAGAGAACAAACUGGAGGUGGAAGCAUGGAGGAAUACUUUGAAAGAGGUGGCCAAUCUCUCUGGAUUUCCCUUGAAGGAUAGGUACGAGUCAGAAUUGAUUGAAGAUGUUGUUGAAGAAGUGAGAGGAAAAUUAAGUGUUUCGGGUUCAAGAUUGAUGAAUUUGAAGAAAGUAUUAGUUGGUGUGAGUUCAUGUUUAGAGCAGCUAUGGAUGCAGGCAGAGAUUCGAAGGCCAAGGGUUCAAUGGAGGCAAUCAUCAAUCGCCCCAACUCUCAUCCCCCUUUUUUUUUUUGAGCCUUUUAUAGAGUUUUGA